GUGUACUCGCAUCUGAGUACUUUUAUUCCUUUUCCACUUGUCUGAAUUUGUAGUUCAAUAGUCAACCAUGGGUCCGACCAAACCUGCUGCCAUGACCCAGGCUGUUUCUGGUCCUUUAAAAACCCCUCUAGAUCAUCACAAACAUCAGAUUGCUCCUGAAAAGGUUGUUGUUGAGGGCACUGGCGGAAAAUACUUUUCUAGAUCCCAAAUGUGGACUGCAAUUCUUGGAACUCCUGCAGUCGUGUCCGUUAUGAUCCUCGGCACUACUACCAGUGCUCUGUUUUGGUACCCUGUAUUCCUGGCUUUGCUCGGCCUUCCCGCCUUUGCUGCUUAUCAUGUUUUCUAUGCCUUGACUGCCACUCCCAACAAACCUCAAAAAGGCCUCGCUGGACUUGGCGUUCCUGCUUAUCUCGAUAUUCUGGAUGCAGAUCUUAAAAAACGCUAUGCUUCUGCUUCAUCCAAGAUUCCCAUUGAGACCUUUUUUGAAGCCUAUUUUGAAAACAAAAUUGAGCUAAAGGGCGACAUGUUGGAUAUUCUUGAAUCUCGCUACGACUGGGCUUCAUUUGUAUGGACCCUCUCGCAGCUCAAGUUCUUUUUAACCCAGUGGGUCCCUGAAACCCUUUGGCAUUCUCGUAAACAGGACGAAGACCAGGUUCGUGAUCACUACGAUCGGGGAGAUGACUUUUAUAACUGGUUUCUUGGUCCUAUGAUGAUCUACACGUCUGGAAUUAUGGGUUCUGCUGAUAGCCGCGAAACUCUUGAAGAACUUCAGCAGCGUAAGCUUGAAACAGUUUGCCAUAAAAUCAACCUUCAGCCCGGUGAAAAGAUGCUUGAUAUUGGAUGUGGUUGGGGUACUCUUUCUGUCCAUGCUGCCAAGCAAGGUGCUUCUGUUACUGGUGUCACUCUGGGUCGUAAUCAAACCCAAUGGGCACUCAAUAAAGCCAAAGAAGCUGGUGUCGAUGACAAGGUCCGCAUCCUUUGCAUGGACUAUCGUGAUAUUCCCAAGGAAAAAUACAACAAGAUCACUUGUUUAGAAAUGGCAGAGCAUGUUGGUGUUCUUCGGUUCACUACAUUUUUAAACCAAGUUCGCGAGAUGUUGAAUGAUGACGGCAUCUUUUUCUUGCAAAUUGCUGGUCUGCGUCGUGCCUGGCAGCAUGAGGAUCUCAUGUGGGGUCUCUUCAUGGCCAAAUAUGUGUUCCCUGGAGCUGAUGCAUCUUGCCCUCUUAACUGGGUUAUCGAGGAAGCAGAACGUGCUGGGUUUGAAGUAGAAAGUAGUGAGACUUUGGGUAUACAUUACUCUACGACCAUCUAUCGUUGGUACGCCAACUGGAUUGAUAAUAAGGAUCAUGUUGUGGCUAAAUACGGCAUGAAGUGGUGGAAGAUUUGGGAAUUUUUCCUUGCCUAUUCCACUGUGAUUGCCCGCCAGGGAUCGGCGACUGUGUACCAAUUGGUUCUACACAAGAACUUGAAUUCGUUUGAUCGAUCUCAAUUCAUCUCAAGGCGUUUGAAAAAAUGAAGAGUUGUAAUCUUUUAAGC